GCCUCACCUCCAAACAGUUGAGACUUUGUGCAAGAUCACAAGAGUCAAGUCAACAACAACGCCUGUUCAGAAGAGAGCCAAUUGAGCUCAGCCAAGUAGUCGCCCAAACCAUGGCACAAUCAAAGCCACCACAGCUGAUCUUUGGCACAGCGGCGUUUGGUAGCGAGGCCUCGCCCAUUCAGGACGGUGGAGCAGCAGCAGAGGUCCUCCGCGCAUUGAAAGCCCAUGGCGUCCACCGGUUGGAUUCUGGCGCGCGCUACCCGCCGCUCCAGCCCGGCCGGGCCGAGCAGAUCAUCGGCGAGACAGGCGAUGUCGGCCUCAAGUUUGACGUCGACACGAAGGUGUACACCGACACGAGGAAUGACGGCAGCGGGGACCUGACAUUAGAAAAGAUCAAUGAGAGCUGCAGCGCAAGUCUGAAGCGCCUGCAGACGGGAAAGAUCAACGUGCUUCACGUUCAUCGCGCGGACCCAGCGACACCGCUGGAGGAGCAGAUCCAAGGUUUCAAAGCGCAGAUUGACCAAGGACGAUGCAGAGCGUGGGGAAUCUCAAAUAUGUCGCCAGAAGUUCUCGAGAAAGUCUUGCAUCUUUGCGAGGAGAACAAUUGGCCAAAGCCAGUCUGCUACCAAGGGCAAUACAACUUGAUUACACGGGGUGUGGAAACACGGUUGCUGCCGCUCCUCCGCGCUCACGGCAUCGCCUUCAACGGUUAUGGACCUCUCGCUGCGGGCUUUCUGACUGGGAACCUGCUCGCCAACAACACGGCAGGCACUCGCUUUGACAGCAGCACGAAAAUCGGUCCGAUAAUCACAAAGAUAUACUCUCAAGAGGACCUCUUUAAAGCCAUGGCGAGGUUUCAAGAGGCCCUGAAGAAGCACGACAUGACACCGAACGAAGUCGCCAUCCGUUGGGUCGCACAUCACUCGAUGCUCAGCAAUGAGCAUGGAGAUGGGAUCAUCAUGGGAGCAAGCAGGACUGAGCAGGCCGUUCAGACGAUGGAAUAUCUCGAGAAGGGACCGAUCGCUGAACAGGAUGUACUGCAGCUGAUAGAGGAGCUAUGGGAGGGUGUAAAGGUGGUCAGGGGGGACAUGUUGUGAAAAGCGCAGUGUUGAACAUCUGGAAUCAGUUGUCUACUGAUUUUGUAAGAACUUUGCUGAUGAAAUUACGUUUCAGUCGCGUUCUGAAUAUGUUUCCACUUGGAUUAAGUCAGAGCAGCCUCGCACUAACAUAGACACGUAACGACCAAACGUGAACAAACGCUAGCAACCACUACUGGCUGCCCGGGAAAUCUGGGUAUACAUCUCAUGUCCAAUGCCCUCCACGGACCAAGUUUGUUGAAAUGGGUCGAAGUUGUUGCUCAUCUUUCAGUGUCAGGCUCUCAUCGCGCAGAGUGCAAAAUAGAUAGAGUCUAUGUGUACUGACAACCAAAACCGUUUCCAUGGCAUGAUUGACCAGUCGCAGGUAGCCCACCAGCCGCUUCAUCUUCCUGGCGGCCAAGUAGCGAGCUCAUGGCGGAUAACAUUU